AUUUCUGUAUUGGUUUAGUCUGUUUUCUUCUCUGCAUUGGCGUUUUGUCUCUCAAAUUGUUAUGUACACGCAGCAGGAGAAAUUUGAUACAACACCACUUUCAGUAAACUGUGCCAAGUGCCAACCCUGCUUUUUCACGGAGGAACCAACUUCUGUUUGCUUUCCACAUGAACAUAAAAAAAAAGUAACUUCAGUUUCCCCGAAAGGAACUUGUGCUUGCAAAAUCUCAUCUGGGUUUGCUUGAUGCAAAGUUGUCCACAGUGUUUUUUCCAUGUAAAAGAGAAGUACCCUGUUGGGAAAGUGCCUUGAAGUGCAAGACCCUCUGCUGCUUUUACCACUUAUAGCUUUUUUAUCGGGGCAUUUUGAAAGCAUCUUGGUUUCCGUGUUGUCACUUGAUAAUGCAGUUCUUUUCGUGCUCAAUAAUUUGUUUGAUGAAGAAUUUUUGAUGUGGGUUAUGGUUAUAUGGUAAGUAGAAAUUGGGGGGCUUACAGGUUAGAUUUCUUGGUUGAUGAUAUGAAUGGGAAGGGUGCUUCAGAUAUGGUGGUUGGGAAAGUGGUGGUGGUCGCUGUUAAGGCAUCAAAAGAGAUACCAAGGAGAGCUUUGGUAUGGGCUUUGACUCAUGUGGUUCAACCUGGGGAUUGCAUUAAGCUACUGGUGGUCAUCCCUGCUCACUCCCCAAGUAAAAGAGCUUGGCAUUUCUCAAGAUUCACUAGUGACUGCACUGGCAGUAACCGGAAGUAUCUAUCAGGAACCAGGUUAGAUCAGAGAGAUGAUAUUUCAGAUUCAUGCUCUGACAUAUUGCAUCAAAUCCAUGAUGUAUAUGACCCUGAGAAGAUAAAAAUCAGGGUGAAGGUUGUUGCUGGUUCAUCAUGUGGAGUGGUGGCUGCUGAAGCCAAGAAGGCUCAAUCGAACUGGGUUAUAUUGGACAAAAAUCUGAAACAUGAGAAGAAAUACUGCAUGCAAGAGUUACAAUGUAAUGUUGUGGUGAUGAAACGGUCUCAGCCAAAGAUUCUUCGUUUGAAUUUGAUUGGAUCCCCAGUGAUGCGAACUGAAGUAUGUUGGCCAUUGCCAUUUGAGAUAGAAGCAUCUUUAAACGACUUCGAGAGCAAGCAUCACCAGCUAGAUAUGUUAAGGGGGCCAUUUGUAACUCCUGCAAGUAGUCCAGAUCAUGAAUCAUCACUGACUGCUACAGAGGUUGGGACAUCAUCAAUAUCAAGCUCGGAUCCAGGGACUUCACCAUUUCUUUUCUCUGGAAUUUAUGGAAGCCAGAAGAAAGAGCAUUUAUUGUUCACUGAAGAAAAUGAAAGUCUUUAUGAAUCUGAAUCUGAUUCAGAUUGUGACAAGCGAGAACCUUCUUCCGCCAGAUUAUAUUUCCAUCCUUGGUUGGAUGAUAAUCUGAGUUCCAGUGGUGAACUUGCAAGAAGUUUGGUGAAUGGUUUCCAGAGAUCAAAAAAUACAUCUCAAACGUUCACACACAAAAGCUUGCUGGAGAAUUUAUCCAAAUCAGACCAAGAACUUGAUAUUGAAGUCCUGAACUAUAAAAUUGAUUUAAACUUAAGCAGAAGUGUUAGAGAAGCAAUUUCCUUGUCUACACAUGUGCCUCCUGGUCCUCCUCCAUUGUGUUCAAUAUGUCGACGCAAGGCUCCUGCAUUUGGAAAUCCUCCUAAGUGGUUUACAUAUACUGAACUAGAACUUGCUACAGAUGGAUUUUCACAAGAAAAUUUCUUAGCUGAAGGUGGAUUUGGUUGUGUUCACCGAGGUGUCCUACCAGAUGGCCUGGUGGUUGCUGUCAAACAACAUAAAUUGGCUAGUUCACAAGGUGAUCAAGAGUUUUGCACAGAAGUUGAGGUUUUGAGUUGUGCACAGCAUCGUAAUGUUGUGAUGUUAAUUGGAUUCUGUGUGGAGGACGGAAGAAGAUUGUUGGUUUACGAAUAUAUUUGCAAUGGAUCCUUAGAUUCACAUCUUUUUGGACAUGCUGAAAAUCCAUUGAACUGGUCUGCACGACAAAAAAUAGCUGUUGGAGCAGCUAGAGGGCUGAGAUACCUUCAUGAAGAAUGUAGAGUGGGCUGUAUCGUCCAUCGUGAUAUGAGGCCGAACAAUAUCCUCAUAACCCAUGAUUUUGAACCAAUGGUUGGAGAUUUCGGACUGGCAAGGUGGCAGCCAAAUGGAGACAUAGGAGUUAAAACAAGAAUAAUUGGGACAUUUGGGUAUUUGGCUCCAGAAUAUGCUCAAAGUGGCCAGAUCACAGAAAAAGCUGAUGUCUAUUCUUUUGGGGUAGUAUUGGUGGAGCUAGUUACAGGACGGAAAGCUAUUGAUAUAAAACGACCUAAAGGCCAGCAGUGCCUAACCGAAUGGGCCCGUCCACUCCUGGAAAAGCAUACCAUUCAGGAACUGAUUGACCCACACUUAAUGAACUGCUAUUCGAAACAAGAAGUGCAUAACAUGCUCCAAUGUGCCUCAUCGUGCAUUCGCCGGGAUCCUCGUGCAAGGCCUCGAAUGUCUCAGGUGCUUAGGAUGUUGGAAGGUGACAUAGUCAUGAAUUCAAGCAAUCACGUUUGAACUUUUGGAAGUCAUUCUGAAAGCAUUAGUGGAAGAAGCAGGCCGUGCAAGGACACCAGCAGCAAAGAGGGCUUGCAGCAGUCCAGUUUGGAUAAAGUGCAGCAGUAGCUUAAUUGUAGUGAAAGGAAUGAGGAGUUUUUGUUUGGGGCAUUUCAAAAUUACGUUGACGUGGUAGUGAAUACUUAAUUUAGCUUGUGAUCAUAGAUUCUUGGAUGUAUAGCUGCAAGUUGUAAUGACGAUAGUGAAGGUUUGUCAACCUUGUGCUAUUCAAUUCAAGAUUGAAUUAAUUCA